AUGGUGCAGCUGCAUAGCGCACUAGCGGCGGACGGGGCGCACAGCGGGCCGCCUGUGGUUUGGGGGUCGCAGCAGCGCGACCCCGCGCUUUGGCCAAGUGUCAAGUCACCAGAGGAGCCAGUGGUCAUCACUGAGUGGGGCUUGGCGGCCGAGGAGGCAGGCACGUGCGAUGUGGGCCAUGAAGUCGCCGCCACGCAGGGCCAUGAGCAGGGGAGUGGCGGGGAGGUGGUGGUGACGACAUCAACCGGUUGGGAUGCGCCGCAGGCCUACGAGGCGGCCGCGGACUGCCACGAGGAGUUUGGUGGCACAGGCAAUGGGGCGCUCGCCAAGCACCUGCGGGACCGCCGCAACCGCAACGGGGACAGCGCCGACUCAGACGCCGACGCCGACGUCGCCGCCGCGGCCGCCCUGCUCGCGGCCCCCGCAACCAACGGCGCCGACGCGGCCGGCGGCAAGCGGCCCAAGACGGCCGCGUACGAUGCGACCCACGUGCCCCCGGUGACGCUGGAGUGGUCAGACCUGGGCUACGAGCUCACGACUAAGGGCGGUGACAAGAAACAGAUCCUCAAGGGCGUGCGGGGCUCCGCCGCGCCCGGCCGGCUGCUGGCAAUCAUGGGCCCGAGCGGCAGCGGCAAGACGUCCCUGCUCAAUAUGCUGGCCGGGCAGGUGGGCGCCAGCUCCAAGGUCCGGCUGUCAGGCCGCAUCACGGUCAACGGCGAGGAGGCGACGGCGGCCAACCACCGCCAGGCGUACGUGGAGCAGCAGGACCAGUUCUACUCCAUGCUCACUGUCCGCGAGACCCUGAACACGGCGGCCGCGCUGCAGCUGCCCCACUACAUCGGCGCCGAGAAGCGCGACGAGUACAUCUCACAGCUCAUCAGCCUGCUGGGGCUGGCCAAGGUGGUGGACUCACGUGUGGGCAAUGAGAAGGUCAGGGGCCUGUCAGGCGGCGAGAAGAAGCGCCUCGCGAUCGGCUGCGAGCUCAUCAGCGCCCCGAGUGUGAUGUUCCUGGACGAGCCCACCACCGGCCUCGACGCCUUCAUGUCAGAGCAGGUCAUGUCCACCCUCAAGCACCUCGCCGCCACCGGCCACACCGUCGUCGCCUCCAUCCACCAGCCCCGCAGCAGCAUAUUCGCGCUGUUCGACGACCUGCUGCUGCUCGCGGAGGGCGCGGUCGCGUACCACGGGCCGGCGGACAAGGUGCUCGACCACUUUGCGGCGCUGGGGCACGCCUGCCCAGAGCACUACAACCCGGCAGACUUCCUGGCCGACCUCAUCGCCAUCGAUUACUCAUCGCCAGAGACCGAGGCAGACACCCGCAAGCGCGUGAAGGGUCUGGUUGACGCGUGGCAGCAGCGCGGGGCGUCGGGCCAGGGGGGGACCCAGGCCGGCAGCACCAGUGACCUCGUGCCGGCGCCGCAGAAGCCGCGGGGGAAGUGGUACAAGCAGUUCGGCCUGCUGUUCCGCCGCAGCUGGCGGCAGGUGACGCGCGACAAGGCCACGGCCGUGGCGCGGCUGAUGAGCAACCUGAGUAGCGCCAUCGUGUUUGGGGCGAUUUACUUCAGGAUGGGGCGCAGCCAGUCGAGCAUACAGGACAGGCUGGGGCUGCUGCAGGUGUCGGCCAUCAACACGGCCAUGUCGUCCCUGAUCAAGACACUGGGCGUUUUCCCCACGGAGCGCGUGCUGGUGCAGCGCGAGCGCCGCCGCGCCUCCUACUCCCUUCUGCCCUACCUCGGGGCCAAGCUGCUGGCCGAGCUGCCCGUGGGGGCCUUCUUCCCCCUGGUCUUUGGCUCCCUGGUCUACCCCCUCUGCGGCCUCAACCCCAACCCCGCUGCGGUGGCCAUCGGCCCGGCGGUGAUCCUCAUCCACAUCGUGUUUGGGGGCCUCUACGUCAACGCUGACAAUGUGCCCCUGCUGCUGCGCUGGCUGCCGCGCGCGUCACUCAUCAAGAACGCCUUCCAGGUGGCCGCGCCUGGGGGCCUUUGGGGGGAUUCACGCUGCCCUCCACUCUUCGUACGCCACACGCCGCCCGCAUGUUAA